AUGUCGGACAGUCGUCUUCGCGUCUUGACUCUCAACUGUUGGGGCUUAAAGUAUGUAUCGAAGCAUAGAGACGAGCGCAUCGCUGCUAUUGCGGGUGUCCUAGCUACCUCCGAUUACGACAUAGUCACUUUGCAAGAAAUCUGGGUCUAUAGAGACUAUGAACACGUUCGCGCAGCAGUCUCCAAGAGACUAGCAUAUUCAAAGUUCUUUUAUAGUGGUGCUCUUGGAGCAGGACUCGCCAUUUUCUCGCGUUUCCCCAUCGUUGGUGCUACCAUAAACCCUUAUUCUUUGAACGGGUCUCCCAUAGAAGUCAUUCAAGGAGACUGGUUCGUCGGAAAGGCGGCUGCAAGUGUUGUCGUUGCCCAUCCUGUUUUGGGACAACUCCAGGUCUUUAAUACUCAUCUCUUCGCACCUGGCGGAGAUUCGGGGCCUAGCCAUCUCCAGGCUCACCGCCUAGUCAAUGCAUGGGAACUCUCCAAACUUGCAAGACAGGCCGCUGAUAUGGGCCGUUAUGUUAUUGCGGCAGGCGACUUCAACGCCAUCCCGUCUUCUCUAGCGAUGACCAUAAUACGGGAUCAUGCUUCUCUCACGGAUGCAUGGGUUGCGUCACACGCCGACCCACCCCCAUCAGCCGGCCUCCCGUCUCCCCUCGAUGCUGUACAUUUGCUUGGUGUGACUGCGGACUCUCCCCUCAACUCGUUCUCGGCCGGCAAGCCUCUGGAGUCAAUUGCGCGCAAGUUUCAUGGAAAGCGUUUAGACUACAUAUUCUUCCGCCAGCCCAGCAGUCCGCCCGCCAGUAACAAGACACCGACACUUCAGUGUACUGAGACCAAAGUCGUCUUCACUGAUCGUGUUGCUGGAAGAGAAUUCUCAUUCUCAGAUCACUUCGGCUUAGAAGCGACGUUCAAUAUUUCCCUUCCCGAGGACAGUGUAGUGGCAGACCCUUCGAUCACGUACAUAUCAGCCCCCGCUGAACCGCGUAGUCCGGGUUUCGUGCUAGCUUCGGUUCCGAAUCCGGCAUCAAAACCACCUCAGCAUCUCUCCCCUGACAGUAUCACUCAGAUUCUCCAAUCGCUUAUGGCCUGCUACCGAUUUUCUCUCUACCGCGCACGUUCACAAUUGACGGUCUUUGCUGUCUGUAUCCUUCUCCUACUCGUCAUUCUCGUUGGUUCUGCCUGGCUUCCUCGCUCGUGGAUUAAUCCUGUCAUCAUUUUAUUAACGAUUUUUUUGGCCUGGCUGGCGACAACCUUCUUAUACGUAGGGUUCGUAUAUGGGCGUUGGGAGGUGAAUGCUCUCACGAACGUUAUCGAGGAAUUAGAGAUCUACCGAGACAGUUUACAAGGGCAGCAGGAGCGGAGACAGUAA